GUACGAUUCAGUGUUCGUUCGGCGACCGUCGAAUGCGUGCCUCAUUCGUGCUACAAGAGAAAAGUAUCACAUGUACCAGACUUGACUGUAACAGUGAUUAUUAACCCGUUUUCAAAAAAAAAAAACAACUAGUGAUUCGAAUCGAGUUUUUUUUUAUUGGUAAAUAUACAAAUUAUCAAAAAUAGUGUCACAACACGGUGGCGAUGAUUUACAUUUGAACGAUUUGGGAAUCACCUGGACAGUUGGUUUCAAUAGCAAAAUAGUCAACCAAAGGGUACAAAAUGACCGUUUUCUCUCAUAUAACCCGGUCGUUGAAGGCCAGGCGUUUGCCAAUCACGCUGGAGCCCAUGCUGUUCGUAUACUUCUUCACCGUGGUGAUGUCGAACAUCGUGAGCAACAACAUGCUGUUCCGGAAGGGGUGCGACCCGGACGCCACGGUGGAACCGAACCUGGUAAACGCCACUUGCCCGCUGGUGCUGGACGCCCAACAGGAAGUGGCCAGCAUCCAGGCCUGGAAGCAGGUCAUACAAGAGCUGGUGGCGCUGACGUUCAUCAUGUUCGCCGGCCCGUGGAGCGACAACAACGGCCGCCGGCGGCUUCCGCUGAUGUUCGUGCCGGUCGUCGGGCAGGUGUUGUGCGACACUUGCAAUUUGCUGUUCUCGGUGUUCUGGCGCGAAGUGUCGCCGAUGGCCACCGGCAUCGUGCAAGCGGUGACCGUGGCGUCGACCGGGUCCAUCCACUGUUUCUUCAUCGGCAUGUACGCUUACGUGUCCGACAUCACCGACGAGACCAACAGAACCAUGCGACUGGGAUUCGCCUCGUCCAUCGUACCGCUGGCCGCCACCCUAGGUCCGCUCGUGUCGGGCUACCUGAACGUCCUUCUCGGUUUCAAGGGUGUGUACGCGCUGUGUAUUGUCCUCAACUUCGUGGCGUUGUCUUUGGGCUACUUGCUGAUUUACGACACUUCGGAAAAGAUCAAGAAGACCGGUUCGGCGAUCAAGAACACGUUUGAUCUCCAAGUGGUCGCUAAGAGUUUCGGCACUGUGUUUGUCAAAAGAGAAAACCACAAGAGAACAGUGCUGCUCUUGAUGAUCGUCACCUCGCCGUUGACCAUCACUCCCUUUAUGGGUGAAAUGGCAUUGAUGUAUUUGUUUUUAACAAAAAAAUUUAAUUUCAAUGAAAUUUCGUUCAGUUUGUUCCAUUCGUAUACAAUGGGUAUUAUGUUAUUCGGUACACUACUUUCUUUAGGCCUGUUUAGUCGAAUACUCAAAAUGAAUGAUGCUUCUAUUGGAUUUAUUGCUACAAUAUUUGAUAUUGCAACUGCCGUGGGAUUCCUCGUGGUUAAUGAAACUUGGCAAUUAAUGUACGUACCGUUGUUAGAAAUCUUUAGAGGCGCAGUAUUAUCCAUUACCGGGUCAAUAGCUUCGAAAUGUGUGGAAGCACAUGAACUGGCAUCGAUGAACUCUGUCAGGUUGAUAGUCGAAAGCUUGUUCAAAAGUUUUCUACUGCCGUUGUACAAUAUUGUGUACAAAAACACUCUGAACACUUUCCCGAGUGCGUUCUUCAUUAUAAGCAUCGUGUUGUCUGUGCCGCUGUUGUUUUUGUUUUCAAUCACUUACUUUUUGACGCGCGACCAGCCGUUAGAUGCCAAAACUGAAGAAUGCACGUCGAACAAGACGACGGAAAGUACCGCCGAACAAAUUGGCGCCGAAAAAUUUUGAAAAAUCCGCUCAUUACAGGCGAAAAAAAAUUGUAUUAUAACGACAACUACAAGUGUUAAACAACGAUCCCGUUUAACCAACAGGUACAUCGUCGGGGAACAGCUGCUGUUGGCCUAACCUAAUAGUUUUAAAUAGGUUGGAUUUAACGAUGUGAAUAUAUAAUAUUCAUCGUAGACGUUUUCUCCGGGCGGGCUUGAACGGAGUAAUAAAAUGUAUAUUAUUGUAAAUACAGUCAUGACCUGAAUCAAUUUGGUUUAACGCGAAUGAGAUUAUGAUUUCGUUUUUAUAUUUUAAAUAACAACGACACAUUGUACAGAGUAUCCGUACAGAGAACAAUAUAUACAUAUAUGUUAUUUGAUGAGGAAAAACGUUGUCACACAAACACAACAUCAGUGUGGGCAUCACGAACAAGUUAAACAUAUUUUAAUAUUGUGAUAUCAUAACAAAUACAAUUUUGCUCGUUGAUAUAUAAUUAUAAUAAAUUGUAAAAUAUAUAAUGCGACAAAAAAAAAAAAUCACAGCAAAUAAGCGCCACAGCUGGUCAAUGCGGUAGUACCAUUCUAAUAGGUUUUUCAGUAAGGGUUUUUUAAAAUUUAGAUUCGUAUUCCUACAAAUUUGAUCUCAAACGAGUGUUUAUCUAUAACUUUUUAAUGGUAAAUUUUUUUUUGUUGAAAAUACGAAGUUCGCUGUGACCUCAUCCCUAACACCGAUUAUUUUUUAAUUCUACCUAUUGUGUAUAAUAAUAUUUACAUCUGAGUUAAAAAUUAUGUUGUUUAUUCAAUCAUAUCCGAUUGUAAUAUUUAUAUUAAAUAUUAUAAUUUAAUUAUAUGAUUAUAUUGUUGUUUUAAAGUAUAAAAA